AUGGGUCUUAAACGUAUUUCGGGCAUUGAAGGAAAACUAGUUGAACUGAUUGCUAUUAAAAUGAAUUUUAGUUACGAAUAUCAUAUAUACGAUAGUCAGCAUAUUGGGUAUGUUUUUCCUAAUUUGUCAACUACGGGAGUAUUUAAAGAGCUGGCAGAAGGACGUGCAGAUUUUGCUCUUGGAGGUACGAGUUGCACUCAUUUUCGUAUGCGAUUAUUGCCUUGUUCCAAGCAGUAUUUCAUGUCAAAAGUACGUGUUAUGCUUAAGCCUGGUGGACAUUACACAGCUCUGGAGGUAUUGUUUUAUCCAUUUAAAAUAGAGGCUUGGUUGCUUUUAUUCUCGUUAGUGAAUAUACGAAUUUUGCUAAAGCUACUGAGUAAGCAUCUAGAAGUCCACCAGGGAUUUGUGCAACUUUUAUUAAUUGCAUGGUUAUUAAUGAUAUUCUUUUAUCGAAUAUCCUUCGAAGGAUCUUAUUUCAAAUUUUUGCAUAAUCAACCACUUAAACCAUUGCCUUCAAAUGCAGAAGAAAUGAAGAAACAGAAAUAUGGUGUUGUGUCAGAUUUGUGUCAUAUACGUUUUAAAGAAUAUUAUAUUGAUUUAAAAAUUGGUGUUAUUAAGGAUUUCACUCUUUGGGAAACUAUUGAAUUUAUCAGGGAUACCAAUGAAAAAAUUGCUGCUUUAGUUAAUAUUGAAAUACUGACAUAUUAUCUUAGUAAAAAUACAGAAGAGCGCGGUAAUUUUUUAGUGAUUAAAGAUGGCAUGAUGCUUGAUCCACUUUGUAUAUAUUUCAAACGAAAUUCAUUUCUGACAUCAACUAAUGGUGCCAAAUUGUUAAUGUUACCAGGUGCAACAGCUCCAGCAGUUCCAACAGCAGCAAUUGUAGGCAGCACCAAGCACAGCAAUCUCUCCCAAUAA